AUGAAAUAUGAUGUGGCAAUUGUGGGGGCCGGCUCCGCCGGUUCGGUGCUGGCGGCCCGGCUGUCGGAAGAUCCGGGUUGCUCGGUGCUGUUAUUGGAAGCCGGGCCGGACUAUCCGGAUAUUGAUCGACUGCCCGACGAACUAAGAUACGGAUUCAACGCCGCUCCCGUACCACCCGCGGCUCGAACGGCCGGCGGCCACCCGGUCUCUUUGACCACCAGUCGCCAUAACUGGCAGUUCACGGCAACUGCAACCGACCUGGCGGCGCUUAUGUUGGUGCCCCGAGGCAGGGUUACCGGUGGCUCCAGCGCCAUUAAUUCCUCAGCUUUUUACCGUGGGGUUCCGGAAGAUUUUGACGCCUGGGCGUCCCGGGGUAACGACGAGUGGAGUUACGAAAAGGUCCUUCCAUUCUUUCGCAAAUUGGAAACGGACGUUGACCGGCACGGCGACUAUCACGGCUCCGAAGGGCCCAUCUUCGUCCACCAUGCCAACCCGGAUGCUUGGGACGCUGCCCAAAGAGCCUUCUUCAGCGCCUGCCGCGCCAACGGCUUUGCGGAAGCCCACGACCAUAACCAUCCAGACUCGAACGGGGUCGGCCCAGGCGUGACCAACAACCAUGACGGGGUGCGGUUCAGCACCGCCCUUGGCCUACUUGAGCCAGGCCCGCCAUCGACUUAA